AAACCGGCCUUGACGAUGGAGUUUUCCUUUCGAUUUACUCUUCCGGUAGGUGGCGCUAUAAAAGAUGAGACCAUCGACGAUAUUGACAUCAGUAUUCGCACAGCACUUCUACCAACAACAACAUCAUUCAAAAUGAAGUUCUUCAUUGUAAUCAUGGCUGUGGCGUUCGUCGCUGCGUCCGAGGCCUCGUACCUGCCAUACGCUGACGAUCUUUCCUACCAGAGCUACGGUUAUGGACUUCCUCUCUCGAAGGUGGUCGUCGGCUCGUCGUACGGUCUGCCAGCAGCUGUGGACAAGUACUCCUACCCAUCGUACUACAGUUCCUAUCCGGCCUUGAAGAAGGUGGUCGAAUACCCGUCGGUUGCUCCGGUGCUGGCCACCAAGGUCGUUGAUAACAGCUACGGACUGGGAUACACCAAGGUCGUUGAUAACAGCUACGGACUGGGAUACAACAAGCUGGUCGCCCCGGUCGUCGCCACCAAGGUCGUUGAUAACAGCUAUGGCCUAGGAUACAACAAGCUGGUGUCUCCGGUCCUUGCCAGCGGUUACGGUCUCGGAUACAACAAGCUGGUGUCCCCAGUCGUCGAUAAUGGCCUGUAUAACUAUGGCGGCUACGGGCUGGGAUACAACAAGUACCUGUCGGCCGCUCCAGUUGCCAAAUAUGUGUUGUAAAUGUGUAAAUAAUAUUGUUUUAAUAAACCGGCUCCGGCUCCGAUCCAUGACGUAUGACUGUUAACCCAA